AUGUUUACAGUUACCAACAACUCAAGACUUUCUACAUCAAAAAGUUAUAGAGAACUUGAUCCAAAUAAAUCAUGCAAACUCGAUAGAAUCAAUAUCUUCAAGAAUGUGUCCGUUGUUGAGAUCAUUUCAAAGAAUGAACGUCACUCUAAAAAUAUGAAAAGGAAAAGAAUCAAUUACUGUUAUAGUGACACAGAAGAAUGCAUGACCGACUCUUCCGAUGACUAUAAAAAAGAUCAUAAAAUUAAAUCAAAAAAUUAUGAGUCGCAUCAUAUGAAAUUUGACCACAUUGACCCAUCUCCGAAUCAUGAUGUUAAUGGACAAGAAAUCUCUUUUCAUCAACAACUUGAAAAUGUCAAUGUUGGUAUCGAAUUAAAAGAAAUUGAUCCCUCGUUUCAUCAUAACGAAAGAUAUAAUGGUGAAGAGUUAAGAUGUGCGGUAUCGGAUUUCAAUAAAGCAAUUCACAUCAAUGAAAACCAAUUCGUUUGUAAUGAACCUGGAUGCGGAAAAGGAUUCUCUUUUUUGUCAUAUUUAAAACAACAUCAAAAAUUAAAACAUAAUAUGAGUCAGAUCGAGAAGGUUAAUAAACAACAGCAAGAUGUCAAGGUAAUAAAGUGUACACUGCCUGGAUGUAAUAAAAUUUUUAAGGAAUCCAAAUUUUUGAAGAAACAUUUGGUACUUCAUAAAGGGGAAAAACCAUUCAUUUGUGACGAACCUGGAUGUGGAAAACGAUUCGCAUUACGAGAUUAUGUAAAAACUCAUCAAAAACGACAACAUGAAAUGAAACGUCAUGAAAAUAAACAUCAUCAGCAAUCUAACAAAGAUAAUGAAGAAGUAAAGUGCCCAAAGCCCGUAAAAAUCCAUCAAAAAAAUCAUAAUAAUAGUUCGUUAUGUGCAUCCGAUGAUUGCGUUGGAUCAGGAAGACUUGCAAAGUAUCCUACCGAAAAGAAUCACAUUGCCGAACAACGGCCAAUCGACGAUACACGUGAAAAUGAAGAUUUUGUGUUGAUGACGAUUAGAUGUCCAGUCCCCGGUUGCAAUAGAAUAUUCCAAAAGGAAAAAUCUUUGAAAAAACAUUUAAUGAUCCAUAACGAUGAAAGGAGAUUUGUUUGUAACGCAUAUGGAUGUGGUAAGAAGUUCGUUUUAUUAUAUUAUUUAAGAUGUCAUCAAAAACGACAUAAGGAGUCCAAAACGCAUGCAUGA